AUGCUUUAAAUUGCUUUAUAUGUCCCUCUACAUGUUUAACAUGCUCAUCUUAAUUUCACUGUUUAACUUGUUAAGAAUCAUUUAUAAAUUCUAAAUAAGGUUGUGUAUGCAAAAACAAUUAAUAUCAGUAUUCUAAUUAUUGUUAUGAUUGUCCUAUAGAAUGUUAAUAAUGUGCAAACUCUCAAUGGUGCACUGAAUGCUAUUAAAGUCAUAACCGUAUUUAUUCUAAUGGUUAAUGCUAUUGUAAAAAUGGAUAUAAUUCUUUUGAUUCUGAUCCAAUUUGUUAUAAAUGUUUAACACAUUAUUGUCAUGUUUGUGAUUAAGUUGAUGGAAUAAAAUGUUAUACUUGUUAACGUGGUUAUCAAUUAAUUUAAAACAAUUGCUUUUCUAUUUGUGGUGAUGGAAUAAAAACUAUAGAUGAAUAAUGUGAUGAUGGGAAUUUAGUAAGAGGAGAUGGAUGUUUUGCUUGUAGAUAUGAUUGCGAUCAUUCCUGUUAACUUUGCCAUAAAGGAAUCUGUUUAGAAUGUUAUGAUGGCUACAUUUUGA